AUGGAGAAAGGCAAAAGAAGGGACAAGGCACGUCUGUUGCUAAAUAACUAUAGGAAGGCAACCACAAAGCUAGUGUUGGGGCACCAGGUAACUUCGGGUUCAUCUGGUGUUCAAGCCUUCGGGGUGACCCAACACCAGCCCUUCUGGGACAUUGGCGAUUUUGAAGAUGAGAUCCCUUUCCCCCAAUUGUUGUUGUCACCACAACUCGAGGAUUUCCGGGAAUCCUACAAAAAAAUGAAUGUAGUUCAUAAGUGGAUUCUCGCUUCUGGAAAGUGCGUCGAAGACACCCUUUUCGAAUAUUGUAGACGGCAGCCAGUUGAAUCACUCCUACAUUCAUGGAUUAUCGACCUUGAUGAUCACGAAGUAAAUUCGUUAUUUACAACUGAAGAAUGGAAUGAAAUACAGUGUGCUGUAAAAAUUUUGCCAGAGGUUGAUCGUACUUUUGCAAAUUCUAUGAUGCGAUUUUCAGAUGUUAAAACAGCAAGCGAUCUGAGACGAGUCUUAAAAACAUCCUUUUUAAAUGAGAAUGAACAUUAUGAUCGAGUGAAACAUUACGAUGCUGAACGAGCCGAAUCUCUUACGUAUUAUGAAGACCCUAACGAAACACUGCAAAAGCAACAUCUCGAGUCCUGGUAUGACAUAAACGUGUGGUCUCUUAUCAUCGAUCACGGUCUCUGCAAUGUGAUUGGAAUGGAAACUGUCAGAACCGAAAAGUGUAGCGGUAACCAUGCGGAAAAACCGAAAGAGGCCACGCACGCGUCGCAGAAAGUCACGACUGAAGUGGCCAAGACGUUUGAUGCAACCAAACUGCUGACCGAUGGGUUUAAACUGAUGAAAGCUAUGCAUAAUAUCUUUGUAUGCUUAAGUAAACAAGUUCGUUUCUAA